AAAAGAAAUGCGCGGGCGCAGGUAUCGUCUCAGUAGAGAAGCGGCCGCGAGCCGAAACGCACGUGUUUAACGUCACAAACAGUGUACAGUGCAUUUACAAUGAAUGCACUAAUCAAAGUAACGGCCUUCGCGGUCGUGGUGGCCCUGUCUUCCAGCAGCAUAGUCAAGUCUCCGACCAGCAGUGGAGACAACUUCGAGCUGCUCAUACUGCACAACAAUGACAUGCACGCUAGGUUCGAACAGACCAGCCAGUUGAGUGGCACGUGCACCACUGAGGACAGGGAAGCUGGGAAGUGCUAUGGAGGGUUCCCUAGGGUUGCCUAUGUUGUGAAAGAGGCUCGAAGGAAAGCCGCCUCAGGCGAAGGGCCUCCAGUCCUGUACCUCAAUGCUGGGGAUACGUACACAGGUACAGCCUGGUUCACCAUCUACAAGUGGAAAGUUGCUGCUGAAUUCAUCAACGCUUUGCAGCCAGAUGCUGUUUCCCUCGGAAACAACGAGGUGGAGCCUGGAUCUACGGAAUUUUCACCAUUCAUCAAUAGCCUUAAUACUCGCAUCGUGUCCAGCAAUAUGUUAUUUAAAAACAUACACAGCAACAACCUAGAAACAUCUGUCGUGUUUGACAUCCAAGGAAGGAAAGUUGGAGUAGUUGGAUGUCUUAAGCCCGAAACUAAAAUUCUAGACAGCGCUGGCGAUGUAGAAUAUAUAGAUGAAGUUCUUGCUUUAAAGGAAGAAGUUAAAAAACUACACGACAUCGGCGUUGAUAUAAUUUUAGCUCUGGGGCAUACUGAUUAUGAAAAAUACAUUGAAAUUGCAAAGGACGUUGACGGAGUUGAUGUAGUGAUUGGAGGUCAUAAAAAUAUGUACUUUUGGAAUGGCACGGCUGCCGAAAAUCAAGAUCUAGAAACAGAAACUAUCACACAAAAUUCUGGAAAGAAAGUAUUAGUCGUCCAGUCUUAUGCGUAUAGUAAAUAUUUAGGCAGACUUAGUAUAACAUUCGACCAAAAUGGGGAUAUUAGAGAAUAUAAUAGUAAACCUAUUCUUUUAGACAACACUGUUCCCCAGGAUCCUGAAUCUGUGAAUAUAUAUGAAAGUAAUAGCAAAAAUCUGGCUAUAACUGCUGAAGAGGUAGUCGGACAGACUUCUGUGGUCCUUGACGGACAGUCCUGCCGCACUGAGGAGUGCAAUCUUGGUAAUCUUAUCACCGACUCAAUGAUGUAUUACUACGCAACGAGAUUCGUUGGGGAUACAUGGACUGAUGCUCCCAUUGCCAUCAUUCAUGGAGCUGCAAUUGCUGCUUCUAUUUCACCUGAAAAUCGUCCGGCUCCCGUGACUAUGGGCGACUUAUUGUCAUCAUUACCUGUUGCCAGCAAUUUAAUCGUUAUAACGAUGAACGGAGAUGUUUUGAAUGAAGUAUUAGAACAUGCAGUCGCAGAUUAUAACCCUUCAAAUCCUUCUGGCCAAUUCUUACAAUUUUCGGGAGUCAGAAUUGUAUACGAUUUCGAGAAAGAGCCCGGUUCAAGAAUAGUGUCUGCUGUUGUGCGAUGCUGGUCGUGCAUAGUGCCUCAAUUCUUUGUAAUUGAAAGCUGGAGAGAUUACAAAAUAAUAAUACCUCAAUCGUUAUUGGAUGCACAGUAUGGUUAUUCUAUGCUGACUGAUUUACCAAGAGAAGAACUUGCUUAUGAUGAAAUUACAUGCCUAGCGGAUUAUAUCAACCUGAGAAGUCCAAUUUACCCAGAUGUAGCCGGGCGAAUAAUCCUGCAAAAUUCACUUGGUAACCACGAGUUGGACAAUGGCAUUUCCGGACUGACGCCAUUCAUCGAAAAUGUGACUUGUCCAGUCCUUGCAACAAAUCUCAACCUCACGAUGGAACCAGACUUAGAAUCUGAAACUAAUCUUAUGAACUCCGUAGUAUUUAACAUAUCCAAUACAAAAAUUGGUGUUAUUGGAUAUUUAACACCUGAAACAAAAGUCUUAGCUAUAAGAAACGACAUAAUAUAUGAAGAAGAAGUGUCUGCUAUCAGAAAAGAAGUAGACAAACUAAAAAAAGAAGGAGUUAAAAUAUUGAUCGCCUUAGGACAUUCAGGAUUUACAAAAGAUCUUGAGAUAGCUGAAAAAGUUGAGGGUAUAGAUCUCGUUAUUGGAGGACACACAAAUACGUUUUUAUGGAAUGGAUUAACUAAUGAAACUGAAAAACCGGAAGGCCCAUACCCGACAUUAGUAAAACAAAAGUCAGGAAAACAAGUUCCAGCAGUUCAAGCUUACGCAUACACAAAAUAUUUGGGAAAACUUCAUUUAGUAUUCAAUGCCAAUGGCGAUCUCGUCAGAUUCGAUGGCAACCCAAUUCUCUUAGAUAAAUCUAUACCUCAGGAUCCAGACGUUUUGUCUAUUGUAAACAAAUACCGUGUAGAAGUACUUAAAGAAACUGAAGUAGUUGUAGGGCAAACUUCUGUGAAAUUAGACGGACAUUCGUGUCGCAUCAAGGAAUGCAACAUGGGCAACUUAAUAGCCGAUUCGAUUAUUCAUAAAUAUGCCGCAGACUAUAGAGGCGAGGGUUGGACGGACGCACCAAUUGCUAUAAUUCAAGGAGGUGGUAUAAGAUCUUCUAUUGCCAAGUCACAUUUACCUUCCAAUGUGACAAAAGGCGAUGUAUUGAUAGUUUUACCAUUCGGUGGUAGCAUAGCAAAAGUUUCGGUAAACGGAACGAAUGUUUUAAAGAUGCUUGAACACGCCGUUGCUUUUUAUAGACAAUUGCGUGCGCCAGGUCAAUUUCUUCAAGUUUCUGGAAUGAAAGUACAAUAUGACUUAAAAAAGAAACGUGGAAAGAGAGUAAUUAAAAUAUUGCUUCGUUGUGGUCUCUGUGAUAUUCCUACAUACUCAGCACUGAACGUAUCUAAAACUUAUAAUAUUUUGAUGCCAUCAUUUCUUUCAAUGGGUGGAGAUGGUUUUUCUUCCCUCGGAAAUCACGAGUUUGACAACGGCGUGAAUGGUCUUACUCCAUUCAUACAAAAUAUUAACACUCCAGUGUUAGCAGCUAACUUGAUUCUUUCCAAAACUCCGGAGUUAGCCAGGGAGACGAAUCUCAAGAAAUCUACAAUCAUCGAUGUAUCAGGUCACAAAGUCGCGGUUGUGGGAUAUCUGACGCCAGAUACAAAAAUAUUAGCAGUAAAAAAUGAUGUAGAAUAUAUGGAUGAAAUUAUUUCCCUCAAAGAUGAAGUUUCCAACCUGAAAAGCCAAGGAUGCAAAAUAAUUAUAGCUUUAGGCCAUUCUGGUUUUACCAAAGAUUUGGAAAUUGGAAAACAAGUUGAUGGCAUUGAUUUAGUUAUUGGAGGACAUUCUAAUACAUUUCUUUGGAAUGGAACUUCCCCAGAUUCAGAAGAAAUUCAAGGGCCCUAUCCUACUUACGUAGAGCAAGCGUCGGGGAAAUUAGUGCCAGUAGUUCAAGCCUAUGCUUACACGAAAUAUCUGGGUAAAUUGCAUUUAGUGUUCGAUAGUAACGGUAAUCUCAUAUCUGCUGAUGGUUAUCCAAUUCUUCUUAAUAAUUCCAUUCCUCAGGAUGCUGAUACUUUACAAAUUGUGGAAAAUUAUCGAAUUCAAGUCAAUAAUGCGACACAAGCGAAAAUAGGCACUAGUUUAGUUCCACUUGAUGGUUUAAACUGUCAAAGGGUGGAGUGUAAUCUAGGAAAUUUGAUAGCAGACGCAAUGAUUUACACUUACGCCAUAAGUUACACGGGAAAAUAUUGGACAGAUGCACCUAUAGCUAUUAUUCAGGGAGGAGGAAUAAGGGCAUCCAUAGCGCAUACAACAAAGCCAGCUAUAAUCACAAGGGGAGAUCUUUUGACUGUGUUACCUUUCAAAGGAAGUAUAUCAAGAGUGACAAUGAACGGUGGCGUAUUAUUAGAAAUGAUUGAGCAUUCUUCCCUCGGCAACCAUGAAUUCGACGAGGAGGUAGACGGCGUCGUACCAUUUAUCAGAAACUUGACGACCCCCGUACUUGCUGCCAACCUUCUACUCAACAACGUACCAGAACUACAGACCGAGAAAAACCUACAUACCUCAAUAGUCAUUCCAGUCAAUGGUACCAAAGUAGGUAUCAUAGGGUACCUAACGUCAGAAACAAAAUACUUGGCACCGAAAAAUAAAGUAGAAUAUGAAGAUGAGAUUAUCGCCAUAAGAAGAGAAGUAAGUAAGUUAAAGAAGGAUGGCGUUAACAUUCUUAUAGCUCUGGGUCAUUCAGGUUAUAUCAAAGACUUAAAAAUAGCUAAAGAAGUUGAUGGUCUCGAUUUAGUUGUAGGAGGACACUCUAACACAUUUCUAUGGAAUAGUAACAAAACAGAAGAGAUACCAGAAAUUCCUCAAGGCCCGUAUCCUAAAGUAGUUAAACAAACAUCAGGUAAAACUGUAUUAGUAGUGCAAGCGUAUGCAUAUACUAAGUACAUGGGGAGAUUGCAUAUGAUUUUCAAUAAAAACGGAGAAGUUAUUAAAUACGACGGUACACCAUUACUAUUGAAUCAGGAUAUACCAAGAGAUCCUGAACUCCUAGCAACUGUAGAUAAAUAUCAGAGAGAUGUAAACAAUAUAUACAGUGAGGUCGUCGGAAUCUCAAUGGUUUCUCUAAACGGAGAUUGCCGUCUGAGAGAAUGUAAUUUGGGAGAUCUCAUUACAGACGCAGUAGUAGAUUAUACACAACAAAAAUACACUGAAGAUCUGAGUAUAGCCAUCAUUCAGGGCGGUCGAAUCAGAAUAUCUAUAGAUAGACCGAGCAGACCAUUCGAAAUGACGAGAGGUGAUUGGAUUACAGCGUUACCAUUUUCAGACUCGUGCGCUAUUGUGACUAUGAGCGGGAAGAUACUCAGACAAGCCCUUGAACAUUCUGCUUCAACAUGGCGGGAAAUUGAUAGCACCGGUCAAUUUUUACAGUUAUCUGGACUUCGCGUAGUUUAUGACUUAGCGAAGCCUCCUGGUUCCCGGGUAAUUGACGCUGUUGCUACGUGUUCUGGCUGUGGAAAACCAGGGCUGAAUGUUAUAGAAGACUCAUACGAAUAUAAAGUGGCUAUGCCAAUAUUUUUGGCGGAAGGAGGUGAUGGUUAUACCAUGUUCGAGACCUUGGAUAAUGAACCCCUUCCGUUUAAUGAAGUUGAAUGUGUAUUUAACUACGUUAAAAAAUAUGGCCCUGUGGACAUUCAUACAUCGAACCGCAUAAAACUAGUGAAUGAAGAUGAAAUUAAGUUACUUGGAAGAAUAGAGGAAGAUACUGCCCCAUCGAGUGCAUUUAGUCAUUACAGUAGCUCUAGUAGAAUAAGUUUAUUUAUUGUAAUAUUUUCUUACGUUUAUUUUUCCCCCGUGUAAUAUGUACUAUGGAGAUUAUCUUAAUAUUUUGUACAACAAGAAAUUUUUAAAACACUAGUAUUGUUAUACGUACGUAUUUUCAUCAGGAAGAGACGUCAGUAACUACUUUUUAAAAUAAAAACAAGGUAAUAUCCAUAACAAUAUUACGUAGGUACAUGUCUAA